UGUCUGGCUGAGGAAUAAAGCCACAGGCAUCUGGCAACAUCCAAGAAUCGAGGAUACAUGUUUGACAUGAGCAACAAAUCUAGAAAUUAGCUUCUUUUAUUUCAUUUAUAGGUGCCGUAUGGCGAUGCCUGUGUCUUAUUAGUCUAUUUUCGUGCGAGGUGUCUGGACGAGAGUCUUCAGGGAAAUAAUAAUAUUCUCAAGACUGUAAACCGACUUUAAUUUCCUUUUUUUUCAUUUCUUUUCAAACAAUCUAUGGAUAACAUUAACAUAUGUGUGUUUAAUUAACAUGUACCGCACAAUCCGUGGCCUAGGUACGUGUGAAAUCAUAUCCAGAUGAUGAAAACAGGGAGCAGCUAUUAUCAUCAUGUGCCGGAGAUGGAUUUAAAAACAGCCACAUCAGCGAUGGAUGCUCUGGUUCGUGUCAGCUCUAACAUGAAGAGCCUGGAGCACGAGCUGCAUUGCCCUGUGUGUAAGGAAAUAGUCAAACAGCCUGUGGUCCUGCCGUGCCAGCACAGCGUCUGUCUCAUGUGUGCCUCCGAGGUCUUAGUUGCAAAUGGCUACCCGCUUCCAGAGCUCCCCCCAGAACCCAACUCCCCGGCCUCCACACCCAACAUGCGCUCACCUCGUCAAGUGCGCCGGCCCACUCCCAAAGCUGAGCAGCGGCCCAUUGACCGUCUGCUGAGGUCAGGUCCCCACCCGCCUUCACCGUCCAUGCCUCGCUCUCCCGGAUACGGGACGUACCCGGGGCGGCGCCGUAAGGAGGCUCCACCCCUGGUGAUGAUGUUCCCCUGUGUCCCGUGUGGACGGGAUGUUGAACUGGGAGAGAAGGGCCUUUCUGACUGUCUCCGCAACCUUACUUUGGAGCGCAUCGUGGAGAGGUACAGACACACGGUGAGCCUCGGCAGCGUCGCCGUCAUGUGCCAGUUCUGCAAGCCUCCUCAAGCGCUGGAAGCCACCAAGGGCUGUGCCGACUGCAGGUCCAACUUCUGCAACGAGUGUUUCAAGCUCUAUCACCCCUGGGGAACCCCGAGGGCCCAACAUGAACACAUCCAGCCCACACUCAAUUUUAGACCCAAGGUCCUGACGUGCCCGGAGCACGACCAGGAGAAGCUGCAGUUCUACUGCAGGUCCUGCCAGCGCCUGCUCUGCCCUCUCUGCAAACUGCGUCGCAUUCACACCGGACACAAAAUCCUCCCGGUGGCGCAGGCUUACCAAGCUCUGAAGGAUAAAAUUAGUAAGGAGAUGAACUAUAUUCUGUCCAACCAGGACACAGUUCUGGCUCAGAUUACCCAGCUGGAGACGUCAAUCACUCAGACGGAGGUGAACAGCGUGUCGGCCAGAGAGCAGCUGGCUCAGAGCACGGAUCUGACGGCCGCUCUGGCGGAGCGUCAUGCCUCACUCACCCAGGCCCUGGCGGCGCGGCAGAAACGAGGUGAGGCAUUGGCCGCUCAGGUGGGAGAGAGACGGAGCUUGAUGGAACAUGCAGGGUUCUUGGCGUACCAGGAGCUUCUGAAAGAAACAGACCAGCCCUGCUUUGUGCAGGCUGCUCGCCAAACCCAUAACAGUUUGAUGAGCAAAGCAAUUGAGAAUCUCCAGCAUUUCACUUUAGCAGCCGAUCCAUCCUUCAGACACUUCCAGCUGGACGUCUCCAAAGAGCUCAAACUCCUGACAGAGCUGAACUUCAUCCAAGCUCCUCUGGCUCCGGUGAUUGACCAGCGCACUCUGGCCUACGACCAGCUCUUCUUGUGCUGGCGACUGCCCCUGGAGUCCGCCCCCGCCUGGCACUACUCCGUGGAGUACCGGCGGCGGGGCGUGGUGCCGGGAGGAGCGUCCAGGGGCGGGAUGAGAGGAGGCCUGGCCGCUGCCCGCUGGGGCUGGCAGCGGCUGGAUGAAGUGAGCGGAGCCAGCGCUGUGAUUGACAGGCUGGAGAUGGACAGCGUGUACGUGCUCCGGGUGAGAGGCUGCAACAAGGCCGGGUACGGGGACUACAGUGAGGAGGUUUACCUGCACACCCCGCCAGCACCAGUGCUUAACUUCUACCUGGACUCUCGCUGGGGUCUCCAUGCCGACCGGCUGGUGGUCAACAAGGAGCAGCGCGGCGCUCGCAGCGUCCCCGGCCUCUCUCUGCUGCAGGCCGCCGACCAGGCCCUCACUUCCUGUCACCUGACCUCUGACCUCCUGGUGGGGGACGUAGCCAUCACACAGGGGAGACACUACUGGGCAUGCUCAGUCGAGCCUGGAUCUUACCUGGUGAAGGUGGGAGUUGGUCUGGAGUCUAAACUACAAGAAUGGUUUCAUCUUCCACAAGACAUGGCGAGUCCCCGCUAUGACCCAGACAGCGGCCAUGACAGCGGAGCGGAGGACGCCCUGGACUCUGCUCCGCCUUUCUGCUUCCUCACGAUGGGGAUGGGGAAGAUCUACCUGCCCCAGCACAGCUACCACCCCCACAGUAACCAUGGCAACAGUAACCGGGACCCCAUCACCAACGGGAACGGCCCCUCCUCGCCCACGGGCCUCACGUACCCGCUGCCGCCCCGGCUCGGCGUGUGCCUGGACUUUGAGAAGGGACGCGUCACCUUCUACGACGCCCACUCCCUGCGGCCCCUGUGGGAGGGCCACGUGGAUUGCUCCGGCCCCGUGUGCCCGGCGUUCUGCUUCAUCGGCGGGGGGGCCCUGCAGCUGCAGGAGCUGGUGGCCAAUCGCAACGCAGAUCAGACCCCGGUCCGACGCGUCACCAUCCAGCCUCGCGUCUCCAACUUAAAUAACAACUGAUCUAGCGUUGUAUGGAGCCAAAUCAAGGCCAAAAGUUUCGCUAAUUUGAAAAUAGAAUUUGAACCUGAGAAUUCUUUUUUACAGUUUCAAUUAUUUUUUUUCGGUAUCCGAUCUUUUUUUUCAAUUUCAGAACUUUUUAUUUCAGUUUCAAAUCUUUUUUUCAGUUUCAGAUCUUUUUUUUUCAGUUUCACAUCUUUUUUUUUCAGUUUCACUUCUUUUUUUUCAGUUUCAAAUCUUUUUUUUUCAACUGC